UGUUCUCCUGAAAAUAAGGUAUCGGCCAACCGUAAGAAUUAGGAGAAGAACGACCUGACAUGAAAACAGUGAAAAUCAAUCAGAGAAUGAAAGGAAAAACUUCCGUCUACUGAAGGAUAUCUUUGCGUAGGUGAACAUUUGAACACCGAUCUUUUUCUCCCUUAUUUUUCCCUCUCGCGUUCUCAUACUUCUUCCCUCGGUGCUUGCGACUUGCUUCUUCAUGUGCACUGUUCGUAUCCUACUUCUCUCGCUGCUGCCAUGCAACUCUAUCGCUUGACCUUGGUUCAAUCCGAGGACGAAGAGCUACAAUGUUUGGUGUCUCUGAAGCGUUGGAAGAUAUCGUGUGUCACUGGAAACAGUCCCCGCAAGACAUAGACGGAGGAUCAACGACAAAUGAGCUUUAGGCGAUACAAGAAGUUUGCUACCGUGCUUCAGAGAGUCCUCUGUCUCCAGAAUCUGUGCUGAAUGUGGUUGUCAGGAAGGAGGACUGUAGAGGUCCAACUAGCGAUUCUGAACUGCUCACAGAUACCCGGUGACGACAUGCAAUACACAACUACCUCUCUAACUAUCAGAUACCGUUUUGCUAGACAUCAACUGCUCCUCCACAUUCUCUCAUUAGGGUAACGUUCAUAGUGUUCGACAUAUCAAGCAACAGGGGCAGCUAUUAAAACUCCAUGCCCGGGGGUGUCCUCGUGGCUACCUCAGAAGUGUCCGGGAUGGAUCGGCUGGCACACAUCUGAUGAACAUUCUGGACUUCGAUUCCUGUUUGCCGCCCAAUCAUCGCGUUUAACAAGAAUCUGUAAGUGUUUUUGUUUCCCCCGAUCUCUGUCGAUAUUUCUCUUUCUAAUGAGCCAGACUUCACUUUCGGGUAUCUGAUAGCAGUCAUUAGAGAGCCAUCCUUCCCAUGAUGAUCGAGCCGUAGAGGACAAGUCGCGAUUAUCCGCAGUCAACUUCCCUGUCUGCACAAAAUUCCUUGCAACCUUUUUGAUGUCAGAGUCUACAGUACAGACACCUGCAUUUGAAUAAUUUAGUGACAAAAUAGAAUUUCGUCACCCUGAUGGAGAGUACCUUCGCUAAUUAAUGCGUGAAAGUUGAAGUAGAGGAGAUAAUAAUACCCAUUUCGAAUCGCAAGGUUUCAAUAGUAGUAAGGUCAUGUCACAGAUUGGGGUCAUCCGUGGAACCGCGCCUGGUUAGAACUGUAGCAAAUUUGAAUUGAUUUUCGAGCAGAACAUCAGUCUGAGUUGGAUUUGAGAACCAUUUCUUAAUCGUUCAGACGAUGGGCACCGCAUUGUAUUUUGGUUGGCCCGGGGAUUGCUUCUAUUCAGACAAGCUCAUCGGGUUUGUUACUACGUAGAGUUAUUUUAAGUAGGUUUUACUCGCUGGGCUUCUGCGAAUUUAAAGCAUCAGAGUGAGCGAAUGGCUACUCAAGCUAGUCCGACAGAGGGACAUGCUGUGGACUGGUCGUUCCCGAUGAGUUCAUCUCAUCUGCCGCCGAAGAGCCCAGGUUCAUUUCCAAAUUUUGGAGCAGGGCCAUUGGAUCCAAGUGCUGCAGCCCGCACCAGUAUGCCGAGCAGAGUUGGAAACCACAAGCGCACUCCGUCAGCUGGAUAUGUUCCCCAAACGCAAGCUACUAGGAUGGAAGGGAUAGUGGAUGCGGCUGACUCUGGUCUCUUUAAAAGAGGUGCGCAUCGGCGAUCCGCAAGUGAAUCCAUGGCACUUAUGGAUGGCAUCAACUUUGCCAAGAUGGUAGAUGAUAAUCUCACAGAGGAUGAUGACUUUGAGUCUAGAAGUGUGGCUUCAAUGCAUUCAGGCGGUCACUCCGGAAGUGGUUCCAUUGACUUUGAUAGGUUCGAUGAAGAUCAGCUUUUGUCCAUGUUUGGCAAUGACAGCGAACCGCAUCAAAAGCAACAGCAGCAGCGGCAAGAAUCCACCCGUAACAGUUCUGCAAAUAAUCCAGGUGGUUCCUCUGGCAGUGACACAUGGGCAUCAGGGAGGGCACAUACACCUCCUGGCACCAAGCAGAACGACCCAUCUACUCCAUCCGACAGCAACAGUGUCAGUGACGUCUCAAAUGAGGAUCCUAAAGGAGGACUCGAGAAGUACAAGAGUGAACCUGAUAUCCAGAGUUCUGGAGAUCACGAGGGCGCGACGCAAACGUUUUCGAAGGGAGAGUUGCAGCAAGCUUUGGCUGGUCUCGACUCGAGUCUGGAUCCAAAACGAGCCAAAAGAAUAUUGGCUAAUCGACAGUCAGCCCAGCGUUCACGAGUGCGAAAGCUGCAGUACAUUUCAGAGCUCGAGAGAAGUGUCACUGCCUUACAGUCUGAAGUCUCCACCAUGGCUCCCCAAGUCGCUUUCUUUGAGCAUAGGAGAGCUGUUCUCAAUGUAGACAACAAUACUAUGAAACAGAAGAUGGCUACUUUGGCGCAGGGUCAGCACUUCAAGGAUGCACACAACGAGGCUCUGCAGAAGGAAGUGCAAACGCUUAGGCAACUCUAUCACCAAAUGCAGCAACAGCGUUUGCAGACGGGUGCACCCACAUCUGUCUAUGAUCUUCAGCACCAGCAAUUCAGCAAGCUAGAUGUGGGAGCUGCCCAUCAAGACGACUCGUCCUUGGCAGCCGUGCCUGACAUAUUCGCAAGUGGCUUUGGAGUGGGAUCCGACAUGACAACUUCAGGCAGCACAUCACCCACUCACUGUCGCACACGGUCCCUCCCAUACAGCCUCAACACCAUGGUGGCUUCAACAUGGUUAAAAACCACGUCUCCCAAAGUAUCUCUCGAUACUGGACAUAGUCUUAUUCCAAAACAUUGAUUCUUUCUUAGGUAGAAACCAUUCUUUGGCUCCCAUUCAGAGCUAGAUUUUCUGCUCGCGGAGGUCGAGAUCUUCAUUCUUGUCCAUCAUGCCGAGAAAAUAAGAGGGAUUCCAACCUCUAAUCACCUGAUUCCUGUUCCUGCAUUGGGACUUGAUCGUGUAACUCUUUCUAGUCCUCCAGACUAUUCUUUUGGUGCAAAA